AUGCGCUCUUCUCUGGCAGUUCUCGUGGCCGCGGCCGUUGCUGUCUCAGCCCAGACCCAGAACACGGCUACCAGUGUCUCCGCCGUCGACGCUGCCCGGGCCACUGCCAUCUCGCGCAGUCCGGUCAGCCACGUCAAGGGAAAGGCCUUUGACCGCCUCGCCAUCAUCUGGCUGGAGAACACGGACUACACCCUGGCCGUGAACGACCCGAACCUGGCCUUCUUCGCCAAGAAGGGCAUCACGCUGGAGAACUACUACGGCGUGACACACCCCAGUGAGCCCAACUAUGCGGCUUCCAUCGCGGGCGACUACUUCGGCAUGAACAACGACAACUUCAACUUUGUGGACCAGAACAUCACGACGCUGAUGGACCUGCUGGACGACCGCGGCAUCAGCUGGGGCGAGUACCAGGAGGACCAGCCGUAUGCCGGCUUCGAAGGCUUCGGCUAUGUCAAUCAGAAGACGGGCGCCAACGACUACGUGCGCAAGCACAACCCGGCCGUCCUGUACGACAGCGUGACGCGCUUUCCCGAGCGCGCGGCCCAGAUCAAGAACCUGACGGCCUUUUACGACGAUCUCGAGGACGGCACGCUGCCGCAGUGGAUGUUCAUUACGCCCAACAUGACGUCUGACGGCCACGACACGUCCGUCACCGUGGCUGGUCGCUGGGUGCGCAACUUUCUCGAGCCGCUGCUCGAGGACCGCCGCUUCAUGCAGAACACGCUUGUGCUCAUCACCUUUGACGAGAACGCCACGUACGCCAAGAAGAACAAUAUCCUGGCCCUGCUGCUCGGUGACGCUGUCCCCAAGGAGCUCGUCGGCACCGUCGACAGCAACUACUACAACCACUACAGCGAGAUCUCCACGGCCGAGGCCAAUUGGGACUUGCCCACCCUCGGCCGUUGGGAUGUCGGCGCCAACGUGUUUCAGCUCGUGGCCGAUCGGACCGGCGACACCAUCCGCGAGUGGAACGAGACCGACUUUGCCGCCCAUUACUUCAACAGCUCCUAUGACGGUGUUUUUAACAGCGCUCCCAAGUACGGCGUCUACCCCAAGCCGGCCCUGUGCCUGGUCCACAACGAGCGCCCCGUGUCGCCGAUCGUCAAGGCCACCUGGCGUGGCAGCACCCACUCGAGCUACUACAAGGACACCAUCGAGAACAACGAUGGCCUCAAUCCGCCUGCCGGCUACGACUUCAAAUGA